GUCUGUGUAUGGAACAGAAUGUUUAUGCAGUUCAGAAUGUGUUUUUCUGUUAUAAUAGCUACUAGCUAGCCUGUGUUAGCCUUAAUGGCUGUUUGUGUGGUCAAUGGAACAGAUGCAGCUUCUGCUCUACCAAAAUAGAUGCAGCUUUUAUUAUAAUUUCUGUAAAGCUUCAUGGUCUUUUACAUAGACCUGUUCACUGUUCUUAAGAAUUUUCUGUAAAUGGUUGUAAAUGCAUCAAAAAGACAUCACCGUUUAUAGAUUUAGCAAAUGAAAUAUCUCUUUCACAUGAAUGCCUUUGAUUCCGGGCAACACUAAAGUGCUGUCAUACAUGUAAUGUGCUAUAUGUUUUUCUGUAAGGAGGUGGCAUUAUGUCAGACAGGGAUGAGGGUACAGUGUAUGACAGCUUCCAACUCCGGAACCAAUGGGAGAACAGAGCUAAGCAGUUCAGUGAAAAAGAACAACAAGAGAUGGCGAGACAAGGAAAGAGUGCCCUAAAUGGGCUUUACAAAAAAUGGCAGUCUAGCCUGGCAAACAAAAAUGGCACUAAAAUAGCGGAGAAGAAAGGAAGUUGCAAUGACAUGUCUGACUUCCGAAAGGUUGUGGUGAUUCCUGACACUGAUGUUCACAACAAUAAGGCAAUGUUUAAAGUGAUACCUCCUCCAAAGAUACCCAAACCCCUUCCACCACCACCAACUAAAAAGAUACCACCCAAGAGGGCGAAGCCUCAGGUCAUCAAACCAUCAGGGGGCUGGAAUGAAUCAUGGAAGUGCCUAAAGCCCCCAGAGCAGGAAGUUCUGUCUCAGGAAAAACGGUGGAGGGAUUUUAAGGGGGAUAGAUACCUACCUCUCAGCGACUGGGCAAGGCCCUUCAGGUGUCGACCACUGUUGUUUAGUAACAUGCUUCACCAGCAAACAGAGUACUGGCAGCUGAUAUGGUCAUCGUUCAGCCGGGAACAAAACAAAAAACUCUUGAAAGCUAAGCACUUGGUGGAUGAAGUAAACCAUCAAGGGUGGGAGAAUGCUUGGAAGACAUUCAAACCUUCAUCAGAAAAGCUGAUUGUUCCAGAAACUGUAAAGCUCAAAGUAUUUUUGCCAGGGUGGGACGAAUCUUGGAAAGUUGCAUGUUUCACAGUCCAAAACAGUGUUCAAUGUCUGAAGGAAUGGCAUGCAUCCUGGAGAUCCUGCCAAGAACACAACUGGGGCACUAGGGACUCCCAGUUGAUGUCAAAAUGGAUGCUGUCCAGUGAGCUUUUGGGCUCUCAGCUAGAUGAAGAGAUUCCAAUUUUAUCAAAGUGGAUGGUGUCGUGGAAAUCUGUGAAACCUCAGCCCCAGUCCCAAGAGUCCCAGAUGGACACCAAAGAGACUGAAUCAGAGGUUCAUUUUUCCAAUGUGCCACUGCAUCUCCAGUUCCACAAACUUAACACACCCUUCUCAAACUGGCACUUGUCUUGGAAAGUUUCAACUGUCGAUAAUGAUGUAAAUGGAGGAGGAUGGAAGAGUUCCUGGAAGAUAUGUAGACAUAAUCUAAAUAUAAAUGACACAAAAUCCCAAAGAGAUGUUGUGUGUUUCUCAACUAAGCAUGAGAUCCAAAGGUUCCUGGGUAUUCACUGCAUGAUCUGGGGUGAAUGGUCUGAAGGCUGGAAGACCAUCAAGCCUCUCUGUUACACUGAGACAAAGGAGGAGGAAAAUGAAAACCUAGAAGAUAGCUAUAAUGAUUUCUCUAAACAUGUGUCAUAUCUUAUAGAGGUUCCUUCAAAUGAUUGGGUAGAGUCAUGGAGAUUUAAGCCAGAUAAACUGUGCACCACCUUGCCCAAGAGGGAACAGCCACUAGCCCAAAAACCAAAAGAGAAUCUGCGAGUCAACACAUCAUCACCUCUUCAACUGUACAAAGACAUUUUUAUACAGGCAAGCUGGGGUGAUUCCUGGAAGUGUCUAAAGCCCCCAAAGAAGGAAGUCCAAUUUCAGAAGAACAAUUUGAGAGGAUUUAAGCAAGAUAGAGACCUAACUCUCAAUGAAUGGGCAAAGCCCUUCAAGUGUCGACCACUAAUGUUGAGUCACAUGCUCCAUAAACAAACAACUUUGUGGCAUCAGAAUUGGUCAACGUUCAACUGGAAACAAAGAAACAUAUUACUUAAUGCAAAGCCAUUGGGCAAUGACACAAACCUUCCAGAGUGGAAGGAUUGUUGGAAGACUAGCAAGCCUUUAAUCAAGCAACACUCUAAGAAACAGAUAAUCACAGAAAAGGGAAAGCAAAACCCAUUCAUGCCAGGUUGGACAGAAUCUUGGAAGAUUGCAGGUGAAAAUAUCCAAAUCAGUUCUCCAUAUCUGAAGGACUGGCAUACAUCCUGGAGUUUCUAUCACAAACAACAUUCAUUCACAGCCUUUACAAACUCCCAGAAUUAUCUGCAUCUACCAGUAUCACCAAAUUCCAAGCUUUCCAAUGAGCUGUUAUGCUUUCAGCUUGAUAAAAAUAUUUCCUCCUUUCCAGAGUGGAGAGAGUCUUGGAAAACUGUGAAAUCUCAACCUCAUCUCCAGUCUGAGCCUAAUAAGAUGUCACAUGCACCACUGCAUCUCCAGUUCAAUAAGAUUAACAACACAACUUUCUCAUCCUGGAGCAAGUCAUGGAGAAUUUUACCUACAGAAAGUGAAGAUGAACAACAGAGAGAAUGGAAUGAUUGCUGGAAGAUAUAUAUUCAAAAUAGAAAUGACACUGAAGACAUUGUGUUUCUACCCAGUAAACAUAAGACUCACAGGUUUCUGGGUGUUCAACAUUUUAAAAACAGUGUGCCUCAGAAUGAUUGGUCUGAAUCCUGGAUGACAAAGCAGAAACAACAGCAGAUGGAGGACUGGACAGGUUCAUGGAGAUUAUGCGUUGACCCAAAGUCCAAAAACUUUAUAUCAAUAACUCAGUGGAGAAACUCGUGGAAACUCUCAAACCCAAAUUACCCACAUCAAUUUAACCAGGAAGCACACACACACAAUGGUCCAAAAUACCACAGGCACCUCGAAAAGGUUGAACUGAAUAAGGCAGAAUGGAGCAGCUCCUGGAAGUACUUCAAGUCAGAUUAUCUGGAAUCCAAUACAUAGAGGAAAUGGGGGAGAAUUUACACAGAUAUAAAAACAUCAUAAUAUUUACAUGAAAUUAUCAGAUGUGUAUAUUUGAUCCUAUACCAUAGCUAACCAUCAAUAACAUAACAUAUUUUUGUUUACUGUCAAUAUUCAUACAUAUAAAGUCUUAUUACCAGACAUAUUGAAGAGUAAAUGACUAUUCAUGACUGCACAUGAAAGUGAGAAGAUUGAGUGGAAGGAAUGUGUCAUGUGUUUUGCAUAGCUGUGUGGAAAACUAUACCUAGCCUUAUCUUAACCUAAUUGUCUUUCUCUUCUUAAUUAUAUUUAAUUGUUGUUGAUUUUUCUACUGUACUGCUGUUUAGAUGUUGUCUUGUCUAGUGAAUAAACAAAUGGUUGU